GGGCCGGGGCCGGGGCCGGGGGCAGCCACACGCGCGCACGCACACGCCGGAGGAGGACGAGAGGCAGCGGCGCGGGCUCCAUCCGCAGUGUCAAUGCGGCGCUCCCGCUGAGGAGGCGAAAGCGGCGCUUCCAGGGAGCCUUUCCUCCUGAGUCCUGGCCCUCCGAGGGGACUCCUGUGCCAAGUGCUACCACGCUGCAAGGAGGACCUGUUUCUGAAAUGAAAGCCAUGCCUUGGAACUGGACUUGCUUUCUCUCCCAUCUCCUGAUGGUAGGGAUGGGCUCCUCCACUCUGCUCCCCCGGCAGCCAGCCCCGCUGUCACAGAAGCGGUCCUUUGUCACAUUCCGUGGGGAGCCAGCUGAGGGUUUCAACCACCUGGUGGUGGACGAGAGGACAGGGCACAUUUACUUGGGGGCCGUCAACCGGAUCUACAAGCUUUCCAGUGACCUGAAGGUCUUGGUGACCCACCAGACGGGGCCGGACGAGGACAACCCCAAGUGUUACCCUCCCCGAAUCGUCCAGACGUGCAACGAGCCCCUGACCACCACCAACAAUGUCAACAAGAUGCUCCUGAUAGACUAUAAGGAGAACAGGCUCAUUGCCUGUGGGAGCCUGUAUCAAGGCAUCUGCAAGCUGCUCAGGCUGGAGGACCUCUUCAAGCUGGGGGAGCCUUUUCACAAGAAGGAGCACUACCUGUCGGGAGUCAACGAGAGCGGCUCUGUCUUUGGAGUGAUCGUCUCCUACAGCAACCUGGACGACAAGCUCUUCAUUGCCACAGCCGUGGAUGGCAAACCGGAGUACUUCCCUACCAUCUCCAGCCGGAGGCUGACCAAGAACUCCGAGGCAGAUGGCAUGUUCGCUUAUGUCUUUCAUGAUGAGUUUGUGGCCUCAAUGAUUAAAAUCCCUUCGGACACCUUCACCGUCAUCCCCGACUUUGAUAUCUACUAUGUCUAUGGCUUCAGCAGUGGCAAUUUUGUCUACUUUUUGACCCUUCAGCCUGAGAUGGUGUCUCCACCAGGCUCGACCACAAAGGAGCAGGUCUAUACAUCCAAACUCGUGAGGCUUUGCAAGGAGGACACUGCCUUCAACUCCUAUGUGGAGGUGCCCAUUGGCUGUGAGCGCAGUGGGGUGGAGUACCGCCUGUUGCAGGCUGCCUACCUGUCCAAAGCCGGGGCUGUGCUCGCCCAGACCCUUGGAGUCCGUCCAGAGGAUGACCUCCUCUUCACUGUCUUCUCCAAGGGCCAGAAGCGGAAAAUGAAAUCCCUGGAUGAGUCGGCCCUGUGCAUCUUCAUCUUGAAGCAGAUCAAUGAUCGCAUUAAGGAGCGGCUGCAGUCCUGCUAUCGGGGGGAGGGUACGCUGGACCUAGCCUGGCUCAAGGUGAAGGACAUUCCCUGCAGCAGUGCGCUCUUAACCAUUGAUGAUAAUUUCUGUGGCCUGGAUAUGAAUGCCCCCCUGGGCGUGUCGGAGAUGGUGCGUGGCAUUCCCGUCUUCACGGAGGACAGGGACCGCAUGACUUCCGUCAUCGCGUAUGUCUACAAGAAUCACUCUCUGGCCUUCGUGGGCACCAAAAGUGGCAAGCUGAAGAAGAUCCGGGUGGAUGGGCCCAGGGGCAAUGCCCUCCAGUAUGAGACUGUGCAGGUGGUGGACCCCGGCCCAGUCCUCCGGGAUAUGGCCUUCUCCAAGGACCACGAGCAACUCUACAUCAUGUCAGAAAGGCAGCUCACCAGAGUCCCUGUGGAGUCCUGCAGUCAGUAUCGGAGCUGCAGCGAGUGCCUGGGCUCGGGCGAUCCCCACUGCGGCUGGUGUGUGCUCCACAACACGUGCACCCGAAAGGAGCGCUGUGAGCGGUCCAGAGAGCCCCGCAGGUUUGCCUCUGAGAUGAAGCAGUGCGUCCGGCUGACCGUCCAUCCCAGCAACAUCUCUGUGUCCCAGUACAAUGUCCUGCUGGUCCUGGAGACAUACAAUGUCCCGGAGCUGUCAGCCGGCGUCAACUGCACCUUUGAGGACCUGUCAGAGAUGGAUGGGCUGGUGGUAGGCAAUCAGAUCCAGUGCUACUCCCCAGCAGCCAAGGAGGUGCCCCGGAUAAUCACAGAGAACGGAGACCACCAUGUUGUCCAGCUACAGCUCAAGUCAAAGGAGACGGGCAUGACCUUUGCCAGCACCAGCUUUGUCUUUUACAACUGCAGUGUCCACAAUUCGUGCCUAUCCUGCGUUGAGAGCCCAUACCGAUGCCACUGGUGCAAAUACCGCCACGUCUGUACCCAUGACCCCAAGACUUGCUCCUUCCAGGAAGGCCGAGUGAAGGUGCCGGAGGACUGUCCCCAGCUGCUGCGAGUGGACAAGAUCCUGGUGCCCGUGGAAGUGAUUAAGCCCAUCACUCUGAAGGCCAAGAACCUUCCGCAGCCACAGUCCGGGCAGCGCGGCUACGAAUGUGUUCUCAGCAUCCAGGGCAACGAGCAGAGGGUGCCCGCCCUGCGCUUCAACAGCUCGAGCGUGCAGUGCCAGAACACGUCUUACUCCUAUGAAGGGAUGGAGAUCAACAAUCUGCCUGUGGAGUUGACGGUCGUGUGGAACGGGCACUUCAACAUCGAUAACCCAGCUCAGAACAAAGUUCACCUCUAUAAGUGCGGAGCCAUGCGAGAGAGCUGCGGGCUGUGCCUCAAGGCGGACCCGGACUUCCAGUGCGGCUGGUGCCAGAGCCAGGGCCAGUGCACUCUGCGCCAGCACUGCCCCGUUCACGAGAGCCAGUGGCUGGAGCUGUCGGGUGCCAACAGCAGGUGCACCAACCCGCGCAUCACAGAGAUAAUCCCAGUGACAGGUCCCCGGGAAGGGGGCACCAAGGUCACCAUCCGAGGAGAGAACUUGGGUCUGGAAUUCCGGGACAUCGCCUCUCAUGUCAAGGUGGCAGGUGUGGAGUGCAGUCCUUUGGUGGAUGGCUACAUCCCAGCAGAACAGAUCGUGUGUGAGAUGGGAGAGGCCAAGCCCAGCCAGCAUGCAGGCUUCGUGGAGAUCUGUGUGGCCGUGUGUCGGCCCGAGUUCAUGGCCCGAUCCUCACAACUCUAUUACUUCAUGACGCUAACUCUCUCGGACCUGAAGCCCAAACGGGGGCCCAUGUCCGGGGGCACCCAAGUGACCAUCACAGGCACCAACCUAAACGCGGGCAGCAACGUGGUGGUGAUGUUCGGGAAGCAGCCCUGCCUCUUCCACAGACGUUCUCCAUCCUACAUCAUCUGCAACACCACAUCCUCAGAUGAGGUCCUGGAAAUGAAGGUGAUGGUGCAAGUGGACAAGGCCAGUAUCCACCAGGACCUGUUCUUCCAGUACGUGGAGGACCCCACCAUCGUGCGGAUCGAGCCAGAGUGGAGCAUAGUCAGUGGCAACACACCCAUUGCCGUAUGGGGGACGCACCUGGACCUCAUACAGAAUCCCCAGAUCCGUGCCAAGCAUGGAGGGAAGGAGCACAUCAAUCUCUGUGAGGUUCUGAAUGCUACUGAGAUGACCUGCCAGGCUCCAGCCCUCGCUCUGGGGCCCGACCACCAGUCCGACCUGACCGAGAGGCCCGAGGAGUUUGGCUUCAUCCUGGACAACGUCCAGUCAUUGCUCAUCCUCAACAAGACUAACUUCACCUACUACCCCAACCCCGUGUUCGAGGCCUUUGGGCCCUCGGGAAUCCUGGAGCUCAAGCCCGGCACCCCCAUCAUCCUGAAGGGCAAGAACCUGAUCCCACCCGUGGCCGGGGGCAAUGUGAAGCUGAACUACACGGUGCUGGUGGGGGAGAAGCCGUGCACUGUGACCGUGUCGGAUGUGCAGCUGCUCUGCGAGUCCCCCAACCUCAUCGGCAGGCACAAAGUCAUGGCCCGCGUCGGUGGCAUGGAGUACUCCCCGGGGAUGGUGUACGUGGCCCCAGACAGCCCGCUCAGCCUGCCUGCCAUCGUCAGCAUCGCCGUGGCAGGAGGCCUCCUGGUCAUCUUCAUCGUCGCCGUCCUCAUCGCCUACAAACGCAAGUCCCGCGAAAGCGACCUCACGCUGAAGCGGCUGCAGAUGCAGAUGGACAAUCUGGAGUCGCGCGUGGCCCUGGAGUGCAAAGAAGCUUUUGCCGAGCUGCAGACGGACAUCCACGAGCUGACAAGUGACCUGGAUGGAGCUGGGAUCCCCUUCCUGGACUACAGAACCUACACCAUGCGGGUGCUGUUCCCCGGAAUCGAAGACCACCCUGUGCUCCGAGACCUCGAGGUUCCCGGCUACCGGCAGGAGCGCGUGGAGAAAGGCCUGAAGCUCUUUGCCCAGCUCAUCAACAACAAAGUGUUCCUGCUGUCCUUCAUCCGCACCCUGGAGUCCCAGCGCAGCUUCUCCAUGCGCGACCGCGGCAACGUGGCCUCGCUCAUCAUGACCGUGCUGCAGAGCAAGCUGGAGUACGCCACCGACGUGCUGAAGCAGCUGCUGGCCGACCUCAUUGACAAGAACCUGGAGAGCAAGAACCACCCCAAGCUGCUGCUCAGGAGAACUGAGUCGGUGGCUGAGAAGAUGUUGACCAACUGGUUCACUUUCCUGCUCUACAAGUUCCUCAAGGAGUGCGCCGGGGAGCCCCUGUUCUCGCUCUUCUGUGCCAUCAAGCAGCAGAUGGAGAAGGGGCCCAUCGACGCCAUCACCGGGGAGGCCCGCUACUCUCUGAGUGAGGACAAGCUCAUCCGCCAGCAGAUCGACUACAAAACCCUGGUCUUGAGCUGUGUCAACCCAGACAACGCCAACAGCCCUGAGGUCCCAGUGAAGAUCCUUAACUGUGACACCAUUACUCAGGUCAAGGAGAAGAUUCUGGAUGCCAUCUUUAAGAAUGUGCCCUGCUCGCACCGGCCCAAGGCUGCAGAUAUGGACCUGGAAUGGCGACAAGGAAGUGGGGCCAGGAUGAUCCUGCAGGAUGAAGACAUUACCACCAAAAUUGAGAAUGACUGGAAGAGACUGAACACGCUGGCCCAUUACCAGGUGCCAGAUGGUUCUGUGGUGGCCUUAGUGUCCAAGCAGGUGACAGCCUAUAAUGCAGUGAACAACUCCACAGUCUCCAGGACCUCGGCAAGUAAAUAUGGCGGGGUCACUGCAUUGGCAGAGAACAUGAUCCGGUACACGGGCAGUCCCGACAGUCUCCGCUCACGCACACCCAUGAUCACCCCCGACCUGGAGAGCGGAGUCAAGAUGUGGCACCUGGUGAAGAACCACGAGCAUGGGGACCAGAAGGAGGGUGACCGGGGGAGCAAGAUGGUGUCUGAAAUCUAUCUGACGCGUCUACUGGCCACUAAGGGCACGCUGCAGAAGUUUGUGGAUGACCUCUUUGAGACCAUCUUCAGCACGGCGCACCGGGGCUCGGCCCUGCCCCUGGCCAUCAAGUACAUGUUCGACUUCCUGGACGAGCAAGCGGACAAGCACGGCAUCCACGACCCGCACGUCCGCCACACCUGGAAGAGCAACUGCCUGCCGCUGCGGUUCUGGGUUAACAUGAUCAAGAACCCUCAGUUUGUGUUUGACAUCCACAAGAACAGCAUCACGGACGCCUGCCUCUCCGUGGUGGCCCAGACCUUCAUGGACUCCUGCUCCACGUCAGAGCACCGGCUGGGCAAGGACUCCCCCUCCAACAAGCUGCUCUAUGCCAAGGACAUCCCCAGCUACAAGAACUGGGUGGAGAGGUAUUACUCGGACAUCGGGAAGAUGCCGGCCAUCAGCGACCAGGACAUGAACGCGUACCUGGCUGAGCAGUCCCGGAUGCACAUGAACGAGUUCAACGCCAUGAGCGCGCUCUCGGAGAUCUUCUCCUACGUGGGCAAGUACAGCGAGGAGAUCCUCGGACCUCUGGACCAUGACGACCAGUGCGGAAAGCAGAAACUGGCCUACAAACUAGAACAAGUCAUAACCCUCAUGAGCUUAGACAGCUGAGAACCGUCCUUCCAGGGCCCCUGGGGGGAGGGACACACCAAGCCGUGCCUCAGUCUAGAUUAUCAUCUUUACCAAGUGCAAGUUCCGACUGGCGUCAGCAGCAUCCCCUGAACAGCGCUGUCUCUGUCUCCGCCUCUUUCUGUCUCUCCCUCCUCCCUGCAUCCCUUCUUUCUCAGUUGCUCUGCCAACAUGAUCCAACUAAGCCACCACCCCUCAGUGAGUCCAGGACGGCCAGGCUCACACGGGGACCUGGCCAGAAGAUAUCAGAGGGGCUCUCUUUCCUGGCUGACUCCCAGGCAUCAGCAGAGGGGGCCCAAAGAUGGAGGAGGAGCCAUGGAGAGAGGACGCUCCUGCGUUGCUACUCCACCUUCCACACUGGGCCAACCCUUGGUCUAGGGAAGAGGCAAUGAGCUCAGUAUUACCUUCACUGGGAAGACAUCACCUGGCUCUCUCCCUUCCCAAAUGCCUAUCUCCAGGGGGUCCACCAGGGUCUGGGCCCCGUUGCAACUGUGAGAAGAAAGGCCACAGCUCCCGCAUACGGAGGAGUAAGGAUUAAGGGGGUGGGGAAGGAGUAGAGAGGUGCUUUUCAAGCUGCCUCUCACUUCUUGGGUUGGCAUUCAGAGGCCACCUUGUCACCUUCUAGUCUUCUUGGAGCCCUUCCAAGUGCUCCUAGGGACCUACCCGCCCUGUCCCCUCCCCUGCCUGUGGAAAGCCAGACGGGAGAAGCAGCGGUUGCAUUCCACUGUGGAGACCCUCCUAACCUUCUGGUCUGGCUCAUAGCAGCAGAAAUGUAACAUGGAGGGGGAGAAAGGGAAAGAGGGUGGCAUCCACCCUGGGCAGAAUCGGUUGUUUUCCAUUCACCCCCAAAUGCAAAUGAAGCACGUCCAUAGUCAUAGGCUCAUCCGUUGCCGGAUCCUUGAUGCUGUCUAGAGAAAGCACCUACCUGCAUCCUCCUUGCUCGGCACUCAUCAGGGGACAAUGUAAAAUGCAGAGUACAUCCAGGAGAUUCUACCUCCAGCCGCCUUUAUUGGCUCCGUCCCCACCCCCCUUCCUGAGAACUCUAUAGAAGCUUGGGGCAAAGAGCUGAGGCCCUGGCCCCCUGCAGAGCCUGGUGCCAUUGCUAUGCAGACGACAUUGUCACUGGACUGUCCAGACCUACUUGGCAAUGACUCCCUCACCACCUGCUGUCUCUUCGGUCACUGCCCUUCCUCACCUCAUCCCUAGUCAUCAUGGAGAGAACCACGCUCAAGCACAGCCUCACGGAAACAAACCAAAACGCCAGCCAAACUCAGUCCCCAGCUCGCCGUGUCUAGGAGGGACCUAGGACUCAAGUGGAAGGAGCUGGCCAACAAUGAGAGAGAGACAUACAAUGGACCUCGGCCCUGGCAUCUGUUUCUCCAUCUGUCCUUCCAUCUCCGAUCUCUCAUUUCAGCCCGUCAAGGCAACGUGUGCUCGGACACGGGUGAGCAGGGGCCGUGGUAAGAGACGGUCUAACGUAGGGUCAUGGAAACCUUAAUCUUGAAGGGACUUUAGAUGCCAUCUGGCCCAGUUUCCCACCAUAAGCAAGAGACUGUCUUAGCAGUCCUGCUGGCUAAUUAUACCCCACUCUGGGAGACAAGGAGAAGCAUCACCUAAAGUGUGGUUGCAAGUCAAGGUUCCUGUCUUGCCUUCACUUCCUGAGCAUCAGACAUCAGUCUCUGUCAUCCAUUCACAAUGAGCCCCAGGUGAAAAUGGGAAGGAACCACUUCAUCUCCAGCAAAGUUCAUGGAGCACCCUGUACUUUUAAGAACUCUGGCCCCUUUGGAUAUGAGUGUGUGUGUGUGAGAGAGAGAGUGUGUGUGCAUGUGUGUGCAUGUGAGUGUGUCUGCUCUAGGAGCAGGCAGAGAGAGCUCGAAAGGAUUUCUUGUCCUAUGGAGGGGACUCUGAGGUGUUUCUCUUCUCCAUCCUUGCUCAUUCAUUCUGCAGCUUCAGGACAUUUCAACACUAGCUUUCUGUGCUGAGUGCUGGUGGGUGGAAGAAGAGUCACCGGUCCGUAGGAAACCAGGGUGCUCAGUGGCCGAAGGAGGCCUGGACUGGCCUGGAGGCCGGGUGGAGGUGACCCACAGCAGGGCAUCAUGUGGCAUGAAGGAGAGGACAAACGGGGACAAAACACAAGUAGCUAACAAUGGAAAGAGGAGAAUAGGGGAAAGAUGUACGUUGUGGGGGGAAAAGAUAACCAAAGGUUUUGGCAAAUGAAGUGCCAGGUGAAGAAGCAUGGGCUUUCUGCCCUGGACCAUUUCAUUUCCUCCCAGGAAGCCACGGACCCUGGCCAGAGAGGAAGCAUGUGAGAGCGGGCGGGUGGGCGGAGGAGGCACGGUGGCCAGAAGAUGUAUUUGCACACGUGAGGGGUUGGGGAGGAGAGAGACACAAACAUAUUUAACACAGAUUCGCUGAGUGGAAACCGAGUGUGUGUGUGUGUGUGUGUGUGUGUGUGUGAGCGCAUGUAUGAGUGAGUGUGUUUGAUUUAUUUUUUAAGUUUUGCACAGUUAGGAAAACAAAUUAGCAGGCAGAAAAGAAGACUGUUAUCGUGGUUCUGCUGAAGCUUUUAUUUUUUACCGGAUUAUUAUUGUUAUUGUUAUUGUUCCUUCGUCGGUACAGAACCCCCCUCCCCAACCCGCCCCUGCCCCGGGUUUUGUCACAAGAGAAGCUUCAAACACCUCAGAGAAAGCUCGAUGUCGGGAAGAGAGAGGACAGGACAGUGUCCUGGCUCUCCUCCUUCCUCCUGGAGGCGGGUUGUUUGCUGAAGCCUCUGUGGCCUGCUUGGGCUGGAGAAACAGGAGAGGACCACCCGGAGCUGCUACCCAUCUUGUCCGCAAAAAUUCUCUUCUCCCUUUUCUGUUUGUUUCUCUUUCCUUUCUCUGUUCCUUUUACAAUAUUUUUUUCCAUUUGGAUUCAUGCGCACAUGUGAUACAUUUCCAAGUAAAGACAAGGCAGCGUUGUCGGAAAGCUGUCCUUGGCUCCCAUGGUCUUUCCAGAAUAUCCCCUGGAGACCCCCAAUCUCCUUCUGGCAAGCCAGAGACCCCCAGAGCUGCCCCUGGAGGGGGGCACGCAGACCAGCACCCCGCAGAGAAGGGAGCUGGACAAACUGGCCCCAGGAAAGGAAGGUCCCCUCGAGCCCUCCCCCAUGACUGUGAAUUUGCAGGGUCAUGACUCUGUUUAAGGUGGAAUCUUUAUCUAGGUUCUUGGGUCCCAGGCAGAGAGAAAGGGAAGAAAGGCCCAUCUUCUCUCACCUUCCCCUCCAACCGCCUCCUGCACCCUCCCGCCCUUGAGACCACCAGGGUCCAGGCAGUGCCGGGAGAUCACACAGUCAGAAAAACAGACCUCGGUUAGAUGGGGACUUUGAACGUAGGAGGGAGAUGGGCUGACGCUGAGGUGCUGGAAGGCAGGCAGCUUUAUGGCGUCCUGAAUUCAAAAGGACGGAUGGAGAGAAGCUGAGACAGGUGGCUGCGGACAGGUCAUUCCUCUCGGGAGAGGUGUCUCCCCAGGGCUGGGCUCUGUCAUCCUUUGUCCCUCCUUGUAAGGAGAGACGCCGGCCUCUCUUGGUACCUGCUAAUAGGGCCACUAAGUGCAGAUGGCUACUGUGUCACUUAAUUCCUCAGGAAAAUACUUUUUCUUGCCUUCUUUCAAUGUGGUUUUAAUUCGGGGACUGAGGACAGCCUGAGUGUGCACAGGCCAACGUAGGUUCAAACCCCUGGGACAUGCACACCCAGAGUCGGCUCUAGAGCCUCCCUCUUGUGAGCCAGUGGGUGGACAGGUUGGGCCGAGAUGCCUGACCCAGGCUAGGGUCAGAGAGAGAAGUCCUCUUCAAUCAUCCCAAAGUGAAGCAGACUGUCCAGAGCUGUGCCAGGCAGGAGUGGGACCCGCUGACAGGUAAGGCCGCUGACCUUGGCCACUCAGGCCUGGUUCUCAACACCCCCAGCCCUAGGCUAAUGUCCAGGUAGUGUCCCAGUACCCCAUUCCCCCCCGUCUGAGGCCCUCUGCUUGCGUUCCCCUUGCAUGUCUGGCUUCUGAGAGUGUCCCUCCCCCCGCAGAGGCAAGUGCACCCCCUUGUCCCCAUUGCCCGCAGCUCUGACCCAAGGCUGCGGACCUCCUGGCACAGGAGCCUCAGACCUCACAACCCACCCCCCCCAGGGCAAGCCCCUGCCACCAUUCCCAGCAUUGCCUCCCUGAGUGAUUGGGGGUCCCCAGUCCCACCUGGGCCCUGGGGGUCCCCCAUCAGAGGAGCCACAAGCAAUGAUUUCUCAAGCAACCUCCACCCCCUGCCCCAUGCCAAGUCCUGCUGAUGUUUCCAGAACCCAAAACAACCACUCGCUUUGACCUAACAGGCAAAGCCCUGUUUUCCAUCUGUCUCCAUUCUCAGGAAUGAGGCGACAUUCUUUGGGCUUCACAGGAUGUGAAGUCAAAUACUUAACCUCGUGAGGGUUAAAGUGAAUUAUUCUUAAUCAAGAGCAAACAUUCCCACCUCUCAGAGAGCAAGGAGGGAGGGGAAGAGGCAGGGAGGCUCUGCAGGCCCAGAGACACUCCCUCCGCGGUCCUUGCAGGAAUGGGCCGCCCCAACAGGUGGUCCUGGCAUGGGUCCGAAAGACCUCUGAGAGGCAUGUCUAGGCAUGAACAACCUCCAGGUACCAGAGUCCCUGGAAGAAGCCCCUGCCCCAGGUGGAUCCAGGCUCCUUCCUGGCCUUUCCUCUCACUCCUAGUUCACGUCAAGGACCACCUGUAAACCCUGCAUGCUUCCCGUCAGCAUCCAGGACAGGUGACGGAGAGCCCCUGACCCUGCAGCCCCGCCUUUUUUCUUUAACCUGUAUGUGAACUGUCUAUUUGGGGUCUGAGGUCAUUUGGUUUUUGUUUGUGUAUGUUAAGCGUUGGAAAUUAAGGAGGGAGCCCAGGUGUGGGUGUAAAGUCCAAACUGCUAGAAGGGAGAAACAAAACUCUUCACCUGUGACCUGAGAAGGAUGAGAAGAGCCUGGGGGCUGGGGCUGGGGGGCUCCCCCUGUUGUUAAAAAAUGGGCCAGGAUAUUCCCCGGAUGUGGACGUGCCUGGGGAAGCAGCCUCCAUGGCUGCUAAUAUUCUCGGUGCUUCCUGGGCACCUGGGAUGGCUGGAGCCUGUGAUGCCAGGCCUUCCCCUCCCGUCUCCUGCCGCCUCGCCCCAACAGGUGCCACUGGAGAGACAGCUCCAGAGAGAGGCUGGGAAACCAUGGGCCUCCAUCCUCAUGGUGCUCUGAGAGUGGCAAAGCCCUCCACUGGAAAACUUAGAAAAAGACCCCCCCAUCCACAAAGGAAUCUCUGUAGUAAAAGUUUUGGACUUUCAAGAGAAACUUUUUUUUUUUUAAACUACAAGUCUUUGCUCCCUGAUAAAAUUGUUGUUGUUGUUGUUUUUUAAUUUGGGGAAUAUCCAACUUUAUAAAAUAUAGAGGAUUUUUUGGUUGUAAAAGUAAUGCAUACUCAUUAGAGUCCCAAUUAAAUUCCAUGAGUAGACUGGUGACUACCCCAGCUCAGCAAAGCUGAAUGAAACAAAAUCCCUAAUGAAAUUAAAAGAGGUUUCUGUCUUCAUUGGCAGAGAUAGUGAGGGGGGUGGGGGGGGGAAAUGCUCUUGGUCAGGUGUGCCCCACCCCCCUCCUCCUUACCCCCUUUCACUUUGUCCAGUCUUGGCUCUCUGGACCGCCCCUGGUGUGGCUGAGCCCCCUGCAGUCCCCACCAGCUUUCCUCAGACCGAGGGGUCACCCCGUUGGGGAUGGGCCAUGGAGGGACCAAGCACCCUCCCCCUGAGAGUGCAAACGCUCAUGGCAAAUAGACAACAGGUUCUAUGCAGUUCAUCUUCUACCAUUUUUUUUUUAAACUGGAAUUAGAACAUCUUUUGUUAGUAUCUUUGAUCUUAUGAGUCAAGCACAUUUUGGAAGGGCUCCCUUUCAAGAGUGGAAUUCAAAACAGAGGAUACAGUUAAAGAGCAAUGCAAAGGACACUUCACCAAGUGAGACCGCUCGCCCAAUAGGACCCCUGGAUGCGGCUCAGGCCUGUGACCAAGAUGCGACACGUGUCUCUUGUGUUGUCCUGCCUCCUCCCUUCCCCAGCGUUCUCCCCAGCUGUUGGCUCGUUAAACCUUCCGUUCUUUAAAAAGAAAAGCUAGUUUACCUCAAAGAUUCUUGUUUCCAUUUGGAAACUAAUGACUUUGUGUUUUAGAGUAGAUGACCCUCCCCUCCAUCACCCCCUGCCUGGGGCUGGUGUCCCUGAGGCCUGAAGGCCUUGCCUAGUCAUGUGUUGGCAAUGCCAACCAAGAGCAAGAACCCAAGGCCCCGGAGACAGGAAGGAUUGGGUGCAACUGGCUUCCUCCCCACCUUAGCCGGUAAGGACCAGCCCGUCUCUUCCAGCAGGGUCCUGCCGAGUAGUCAGCCCGUCUCUUCCAGCAGGGUCCUGCCGAGUAGUCACCAUAGUAACCAGCAAUGCCAGGGUACCACCAACAGAGACCUGCUCAUGAGUGAGCUGUGAGCCCGGGCAGAGGGGGGGAAGCUGGCCUGAUCACAUGACCCAGAGUCAAGUCAAAGACUAGAGGGAAGAGGAGAAACAGGGUAGGAUGAGUGGGUGGUUUGAGGAACAGCAGAGGCCUUCGAGUCUUGGAGAGAGGCCGCUGAAGGGGGUAGGGCAGGUGGGUCCUGCUCCGGUCACCCCCUUCCAGCUCCACCCCAGCUCCGCUUCCAUAAAGUUCCCACCUUGAACACUGACACUUUGUUAGAACAAAGCAAAACAUAUCUUUAGACAACAGUGUUAUAAUGAGCCUCAAAGAUAGGUGGAUGGAAUCGAUUAGAGGAAGAGGGUCUUCUGGUUUUGAUUUUUAAAAAAGAGUAUCCUAGUAAGAUUAAGAAAAAAAGGAUUUAAAAAAAUAAAGUUUUUAAAAAGGAAACCUAUGCUAUUUAAAUUGGAGCCCAGUUGUAACUUGGUAAAGGCAAGCUUCUGUACCUUUGUUAUAAUUAAUUGUAUACCUGUGUAUGUAAAUAUAAGGCAUUCCUAUUUUGCAGUUCAGAACAAAAAAAAAACCUAUUUGUAAUAUAGAAUAAAGUUUAUUAAAAAAUAAUAAAAAUGCAGUUUUGGGA